AUGGGGAAGCUCAUCCCCAAUGCUUUCAACCUUGCUGUUGUCAUCUACGUCGCAUUAGGGUCAACAGCAUGCUCUUAUGGUAUGGCCAUUAUUGGCCGCACAGCUCAGUACAUCGGGGCGUUCAAUGGUGUCAACUCUGCCGGUUCUGCUAUCGGAGCGUUAGCAUGCGCCUACCUGGCCGACAAACUUGGUCGGAAGAAGACUAUCCAAGUUGCGGCUGCCGUUUUGGUCGUCGGUGCUGCCAUAUGUGCCGGUGCUGUCAACAAUGCGAUGUUUUUGGUAGGCCGCUUGAUCAACGGCUUUGGCAUUGGCGCCCUGGUGACUUGCAUACCUAUGUAUCAAGCUGAAGUUUCCACUCCCGAAUCUCGAGGAUUCAUGGUCUCCAUGCACGGCGUUAUGUUCGCCAUGGGUUACUCGCUAUCAGCCUGGAUUGGGUUUGGUGUAUCCUUCAUCUCCAGCGGCGGCUCACCAUCUUCCUUUCCCUGGCGAUUCCCGAUUGCCUUUCAGAUGGCCCCAGCACUGCUUCUGCUCCUCGGAUCCCCAUGGCUGCCAUUCAGCCCGCGGUGGCUUAUGAUGAACGGUCGAGUUGACGAAGCUCAUGAGGUUCUCAAACGCCUGCACAGAACCAAGGGAGAUCCGCACGACACACUCGCGCGCAAAGAGUUCUAUCAGAUGAAGAAGCAGGUGGAGCUUGACCAGCAGAUCAGGUCGUCAACGUCCCGAUUUGAGGUGUUCCGGACACCGGCCAACCGCCGACGUGCACUGGUGGCCUUCCUCCUCAUGUGGAACAACCAAUUCACUGGGGUGCUCAUCAUUGCGAAUUAUGGUGUCCUCCUGUACGUCAGUCUUGGGAUGAGCGGCUAUUGGCCGUUACUCCUGAGCUCCCUUUGGGUCACGUCCACGUUUCCUGGCAAUAUAUUCUGUGCCUUCUUCGUCGAACGAUUCGGACGCCGCAGAUUCUUACUCAUCGGGCUAACGGGGAUUCUUGUCGCACUGAUCUGUGAGGUUGCUUUGCAAGCAGCAUUCCUUGGAACGAAUAAUACAGCGGGCCAGCACGCAGCAAUUUUCUUCAUCUUUCUCUUUAUCACCCCCUUCUGGAGUACAUUCAUUGAUGCUACUCAGUUCCUUUAUGUGUCUGAGAUCUUUCCAACUCACAUUCGUAGCCAGGGUAUGGCUGUCGGCAUGGCCGGUCUAUAUCUCGCGGAUGUCAUCGUACUUGUGGCUGGUCCGAUUGGUUUGAACAAAGUUUCUUGGCGGUUUUUCUUUGUCCUGAUCUGUCCCACGGCUUGUCAUAUCGCGUUCGUCUACUUCAUGUGUCCUGAGACCAAGGGCCGGAGCUUGGAGGACAUCAACGCUCAAUUCGGCGAACAGGUUGCUGUCCACUGGUACGGAGCAACCGAGGCAGAGAAAGCCGAGCUGGAACAGGCUGCCGUCCAGGACGAACAAGCAGAAACUCACGGUCAUGCACUCUCGAGCGAGAAGUCUAAUGCGGUAGAGCAGGAAGAAGUUGUACGGAAACAUGCCUAGAGAGAGACACAGGUCCAUGACAAGGGUAAGGAGUAAGCAGAGAAGCUUGUGUCGGUCAAGAUUGAGCUGGACAGAGAUAUCAAUCCUGACGAUGCCGAGCGUUGGCUGGAAGGAAGAGGGCGCUGAAGAUCAUAAUUGUAACUGUUUGGGUGUAUG